AUGAGAAGAGAUGUGUUCCUUCGGAUAGUAGACGCUCUCUCAAACGUCUAUCCGUAUUUCCAACAGCGGGUUGAUGCAACUGGAAGAAGAGGCUUAUCGCCACUUCAGAAAUGUACCGCUGCGAUAUGGAUGUUAGCAUAUGGCGUUGCAGCUGAUGCUGUUGAUGAUUAUGUGCGCAUAGGCGAGAGCACUACAAUCGAAUGCUUGGAAAAAUUUGUUGAAGGUGUCAUUUCCGUGUUCCAGGAUGAAUACUUGCGAAAACCUAAUCCAAAUGACGUACAACGCCUGCUACAAAUGGCGGAAGAUCGUGGCUUCCCUGGCAUGUUGGGUAGCAUUGACUGCAUGCAUUGGCAAUGGAAAAAUUGUCCAAAGGCAUGGAAAGGUAUGUACAUGAGUGGUUAUCGUGGGGUUGCAACCAUAGUACUUGAGGUUGUAGCAUCUUCAGACCUUUGGAUAUGGCAUGCGUUCUUUGGAGUUUGUGGUUCAAAUAACGAUAUCAACGUGUUAGAUCGUUCUCCAAUGUUUGAUGUUAUUCUAAAUGACCGUGCUCUGGAGGUAAAUUAUACUAUUAAUGGUAAUAAUUAUACAAUGGGAUACUAUUUAGCAGAUGGUAUUUAUCCUGAAUGGGCCACAUUUGUCAAAUCAAUCUCAAAGCCACAAGGUGAAAAACGCAAGUUAUUUGCACAAUACCAAGAAGGGCAAAGAAAAGAUGUGGAACGAGCAUUCGGAGUGUUGCAAGCACGCUUUGCAAUUAUACGUGGUCCAGCUCGUUUUUGGGAAAAGAAAAAGCUUGCCAACAUAAUGAGAGCUUGUAUUAUAUUGCAUAAUAUGAUUGUUGAGGAUGAAAGAGACAGCUAUGCAUGA